AUGCUGCACCCCUGCGUCGAACGCAUUGUGUUCGUGGUGCGCGGUCGAAGUCACUCGCCAAUCGACUGUUGCGUUCCGACACUUCCAGAAAAACUCGAGGCCUCAGGUUCGCUCUCCACAGGGGGCGUCGCGAAGCCCUUGCACGCGUCGGCGGCGGCGGCGGCGGCGGUGGCGGCGGCCGGGCGGGCCGGCGUGGGAGUGGGGCUGGAGCGAGGGAGCGGCCGGCGCCAUGAUCGACCCCAGCUCGUCGGAGGAAGAGAGCGAGGAGGAGCAGCAGGAGGAGCAGGGCGGUGGGGCGGUGGUGGCGGCGGCGGUCACCACGCGCACCCACGGGAUCACCACCACCAUCACCACCACCACCCCGGAGCCGAGCGGCGGUCUCGAAGUGCCCGCAGCGGCGCCGCCCAGCCAGAAAAGUGA